GAACGUUUAUUAUACGUACAUCUUUGCAUGGAGGUGGCCGGAAAACAAAGCGGCGGCGAGAUGGGGAGUGCGGCGGCGUGGUGGGCGGAGAGAGCUCGGAAGAUCGGAAACGCGGUGGCGAAGGAAGGGAGAGAGGAUCCGAGAAAGGUGGUUCACUCGGUGAAAGUGGGCAUGGCUGUGACUGUGGCAUCAAUGGUGUACCUGUUGGAGCCGUUGUUUCACGGGAUGGGUCGGAACAACUCGAUAUGGGCCGUACUCACCGUCAUCCUCGUCCUCGAGUUCACCGCUGGUGCCACAUUGUAUAAAGGAAUCAACAGAGGGAUUGGGACACUUGCUGCCUUAAGUUUUGCACUUCUUAUCGAGAUCGUGGCACGCCACGUUGGCCACAUUGGUUGUGCAAUCAGUAUUGGCUUUUCAGUUUUCCUUACCGGUGCUUUUAUGACAUACAUGAGGUUCAUCCCUGCAAUGAAGAAGCAUUGUGACAAUGGAUUAAUAGUAUUUCUUCUGACAUUUAAUUUGAUAACGGUUGGUUCUUAUCACGAUGACAACGUGUUCCAUUCGGCAAUCCAACGUAAUUACACUAUUGCCAUUGGAUGUGGCAUAUGCAUCAUCACAAGUCUCUUGAUUCUUCCCAACUGGUCUGGUGAAGACCUCCACAGCUCCAUUAUAUCUAAGUUUGAAGAUUUGGCAAAAGUAAUCCAAGCAUGUGUAGAAGAAUAUUUUCAAGUACCAGAUACGAAAGAUGCGAGCAAAUCCUCAAAAACUACUGCUCUGGAGAAAAGCUACGAAGAAAUUUUUCAAUGUAAUUCAACAGAGGAAUCCUUGGCUACAUUCGCUAGCUGGGAGCCUCGCCAUUCGAGGUAUUGUUAUCCUUGGAAGCAAUAUGUGCAUUUGGGAACUGUUCUAAGUCGUCUAGCAUACACUGCUUUUGUUUUACAUGGUUGUUUAGAAUCUCAUGUUCAGGCUCCUCAGACGGUUCGAGCGUUGUUUAAAGAACCUUGCGAACACGUGGCAGAAGAAAUAGUAAAAGUCCUUUCGGAACUAGCAGAAACCAUAAAGAAGCAUCACCAUUUCUCAGCCCACAUUUCAGAUCACCUUCAUGAAGCUCUGGAAGAACUUGAUGCCUCCAUUAAGACUCAACAUCAGCUCUUUCUCCCUUCCAACCCAACAAAAACUGAAGCAGCCAAGCCUUCUGAGAUUCUUGGGUCGCAAAUACGGGGGCCAGAACAGCUCAAGAUAAGGAACAGAACGACUAGUAAGACUGUGAUCACACGACUUGAAUUCUCUGAGGCACUUCCAUUUUCCGCUUUUGUUUCGCUGCUGAUUGAGACCGUGGCUCAGCUUGACCUUGUGAUAGAAGAAGUAGAAGAGUUGGCGAAGGUUGCGCAUUUUAAGGAGUUCCAUGAAGAAGAUGACAGCAUAGAAAACAAGGUGGUUCCAGUGAAAAUCCUAAGGGCUGCAAAGAUAUCCAGUUACUGACAGGCAAUCUGAUGACUGAAAAUUUGCAAUUUCUGCUUUCAAAGCUGAACAGGAGUGACAAAUAAAUUUGUUGCUAUCAGGUUAAAUAGCAGCUUUGUCACAUUUUUUGCUACAUAAUGUCAAUUCUAAAGACACUUUCAACCGAUUUGUUACAUUUUUUGCAGCAAGAACUAG